GUCGGGUUUAGCUCUCCGUGGAUGACAGAGAACCACCCUCGGAGGAGCCCAGCAACCCCCUGGGCAGCCCGGAGGCCCCUCCCGGGUCAGCCCCCGCCCCCAGCCCGAACACGCCGCCCUCUAGCGUGGCCACGCCGUCCCCGCCCCGAGCCGGCGGCUUCUUCCGCCGCCUCUUCCUCCUACACGUGGUGUUCUGGGACACAUGCAACAGGCCUGCCGGGAGCAUGUCCAAGAAUGGCGCACGUGCAGAUGUGGCCGAGGAAGGCGGGCCCGGUCCUUGUAAGCGAGCGAAGGUGGAGGUGGUGGAUGCUCCUUCGCCUCUGAACUUCGACAGCCCUGAUGCCCUCUUUGAGAGCUUGAUCUCGCCCGUGAGCACAGAGACUUUUUUCAAGGAAUACUGGGAGCAGAAGCCUCUUCUCAUUCAGAGAGACGAUCCGUCGCUGGCUGCUUACUUUCAGAACCUUUUCCAGUUAGCAGAUCUGAAGAAUCUUUGCAGACAGGGGAUGGUCUACGGCAGAGACAUGAACGUGUGCCGAUGCGUGAAUGGGCGGAAGAAGGUGUUAAAUAAGGGCGGCAAAGUGCAUUACCUCCAACUGAGGAAAGAUUUUGAUCAGAAAAGGGCCACCAUCCAGUUCCACCAACCCCAGAGAUUUAAGGAUGAGCUGUGGAAAAUCCAGGAGAAGCUGGAAUGCUUUUUUGGCUCUCUGGUUGGGUCUAAUGUGUAUAUAACUCCCUCAGGGUCCCAGGGCUUGCCUCCGCAUUAUGAUGAUAUCGAGGUAUUUAUCUUGCAGCUAGAAGGAAAGAAACACUGGCGCCUCUACCAGCCCACUGUGCCCCUUGCUCGAGAGUACAAUGUAGAGCCAGAGGACAGGAUUGGGGCACCAACACAUGAGUUCACAUUAAAGCCUGGGGAUUUUUUAUACUUCCCUCGUGGGACCAUCCAUCAAGCUGACACUCCUUCUGGGUUAGCCCAUUCUACUCAUGUGACCAUCAGCACCUACCAGAACAAUUCGUGGGGAGACUUUCUUCUGGACGUGAUUCCCGGACUUGUGUUCGACGUGGCGAAGGAAGAAGUAAAGCUGCGGACCGGCAUCCCGCGGCGGCUGCUUCUGCAGGCCCAUGACACGGCGCUCGCCACGACGAGGCUCAGCGGCUUCCUGCGGACUCUGGCGGAGCAGCUGGAGGGCUCGGGAGCCCCGAGGCCCUCCGAGAUGAAGAAGGACUUCGUCAGGAGCAGACUGCCGCCCUUCUACUCGGGCGACGGCUCCCACCUCUGCGCCCCAGGGGGAAAGUUCCCAAGGCUGGACAGCAGAGUCCGGCUGCGGUUUAGAGACUACGUGGUGAUGACGGUGGAGGCGGCAGUCGAGGACCCGUCGGCCCACGCUCGAGAGCACAUGGUUUACCUCUAUCACUGCCUGAGGAACCAGCGCGGGACGCACAUGAUGCUCGGGAGGGACGCCCCGACGGCGCAGGCUCCUGGACUUCGCUUUCCUUUAUCUCACCUGGAUGCCCUGAAACAGCUCUUGAGUUCUGAAGUUAUUUCUGUAAAGGAGCUGAAACUGAAUACAGAUGCCGAGAAAGAGAACCUGGCGUUGGCCCUCUGGACCGAAUGCCUCGUGGAAGUCCUCUAGUCGCUCUGCAGCCAGUCACCCCUUCUUGUAACAGGAUAAAUAAGAGGCGGGUCCUCCGUGCGCUAAUUAAACUCUCUGCUGGCAUCCUGAGUCCAACGUUUUCAUCUCUGUCCCAGCCGCUACCCCAAUGCCUGUGGACAGGUAGCCGCGGCUCUGGAAUGCGCAUCUUCCUUCUAGACUCGACUCCUGCCCUCCGCCAAGAUCUUUCCAGAUCCCCCAGUUCCCGAGGGUUUGCCUCCUAGUCAUUCAAUUCCCCACGACGAGGGCCGCUGCUGGAGAGAGCGGAGACGGACGCUCCAAAAGCGUGCUCUGACGCAUCUCUGUGGCCUCCGUGGCCACGUCUGAAACGACACGCUGGGUGAGGUGGCCUCCGAGGCCCCUUCCAGGCCAAACGGCAGGAUGUGGUCCCACGUCUAAGGCCUCAGAGCUGGACGGAGCUCCCAGGCGGGCGAAGCGUGAGUCGAGGGCUUGUGGCCGAGUCUCGGGGAGCAGGGAAGGGGCGCAGAGGGUGAAUGCAGAAGAGAAGCGCCCCGAGAGUGGGAGGAGACUCCAGGCCACUGUCUAGAGCCACACAAGUAACGGUCGGCCGGUCGAGAUGCGGUGCCAGCUCAAGGGCUGAGGCUCCAACUGUGAAAGGGGAAGAGGAGGAAAGGAGGGAAGGGCAGCCUGAAGAUGGGGAGAGAGCUGGAGAUCCCUUCCCAGCCCUCACCAGGUGUCCCGCCCUGCACCGAGGACGGAGAGCAUUCCAGGGAUGGGCAACAGCCUCCCCGCUAGCCUCCUCCUCCGCACUCUCUGCAAAGGCCAUCUUGAAGAUGCCAACCUCUUCUCAGGCCCGUCUUCUCCAGCAAACGGCCUUCGGUGGAGCCCUGGAGGACCCGACCCUGGGCCUUCGUUCCCUCCAGUGUAAAAUGACAGUAGCCCCGAGUUCCGUGGGGUUGUUGUGAGGCUCGCGCACGCUCACUGCACAUCACUAAGCACGAUGACUGCACACAGGAGGCGCUCUCUACCUGCUCGUUUCCUCCCCAGGCUUCAGUCGCUCUCCAUAUACUGGUUCUUUCCGGCUGUCUUCUUAGAGCUACUAGAAAGAUGCUCUCUGCCAAGGUUCUGAGCACCGCUGUGGAACGUGGGGCCCAGGGACUGGCUCCUCCUCCCCGAGCUCGGGCCGCCCUGUCCUCCGUCGCUCUCGGCGUGGCUUCACUCCCUUCCCUUGGAUGCCCGUCACUCCUGGCCCAGCUCUUGGCGUGGCUUUGCUCCCUUCCCUUGGAUGCCCGUCGCUCCUGGCCCAGCUCUCGGCGUGGCUUCGCUCCCUUCCCUUGGAUGCCCGUCGCUCCUGGCCCAGCUCUCGGCGUGGCUUUGCUCCCUUCCCUCGGAUGCCCGUCGCUCCUGGCCCAGCUCUCGGCGUGGCUUCGCUCCCUUCCCUCGGAUGCCCGUCGCUCCUGGCCCAGCUCUUGGCGUGGCUUUGCUCCCUUCCCUUGGAUGCCCGUCGCUCCUGGCCCAGCUCUCGGCGUGGCUUCGCUCCCUUCCCUCGGAUGCCCGUCGCUCCUGGCCCAGCUCUCGGCGUGGCUUCGCUCCCUUCCCUUGGAUGCCCGUCGCUCCUGGCCCAGCUCUCGGCGUGGCUUCGCUCCCUUCCCUUGGAUGCCCGUCGCUCGUGGCCCAGCUCUCGGCGUGGCUUCGCUCCCUUCCCUUGGAUGCCCGUCGCUCGUGGCCCAGCUCUCGGCGUGGCUUCGCUCCCUUCCCUUGGAUGCCCGUCGCUCGUGGCCCAGCUCUCGGCGUGGCUUCACUCCCUUCCCUUGGAUGCCCGUCGCUCCUGGCCCAGCUCUCGGCGUGGCUUCACUCCCUUCCCUCGGAUGCCCGUCGCUCCUGGCCCAGCUCUCGGCGUGGCUUCGCUCCCUUCCCUUGGAUGCCCGUCGCUCGUGGCCCAGCUCUCGGCGUGGCUUCACUCCCUUCCCUUGGAUGCCCGUCGCUCCUGGCCCAGCUCUCGGCGUGGCUUCACUCCCUUCCCUCGGAUGCCCGUCGCUCCUGGCCCAGCUCUCGGCGUGGCUUCGCUCCCUUCCCUUGGAUGCCCGUCGCUGCUGGCCCAGCUCUCGGCGUGGCUUCACUCCCUUCCCUCGGAUGCCCGUCGCUCCUGGCCCAGCUCUCGGCGUGGCUUCGCUCCCUUCCCUUGGAUGCCCGUCGCUCCUGGCCCAGCUCUCGGCGUGGCUUCGCUCCCUUCCCUUGGAUGCCCGUCGCUGCUGGCCCAGCUCUCGGCGUGGCUUCACUCCCUUCCCUCGGAUGCCCGUCGCUCCUGGCCCAGCUCUCGGCGUGGCUUCACUCCCUUCCCUCGGAUGCCCGUCGCUCGUGGCCCAGCUCUUGGCGUGGCUUCGCUCCCUUCCCUCGGAUGCCCGUCGCUCCUGGCCCAGCUCUCGGCGUGGCUUCACUCCCUUCCCUUGGAUGCCCGUCGCUCCUGGCCCAGCUCUCGGCGUGGCUUCACUCCCUUCCCUCGGAUGCCCGUCGCUCCUGGCCCAGCUCUCCCGGCGGCUCCUUUGCCGAGGGGGCGGCUCAGCUCUGCCCGUGUCCAUCCUUCCAGACAGCGAGUGAGCCUCGCUUCUCCUUUGCACCCUCCGUGCCAGGCUGUGCCAAGUCGCGGAUUCUGCUGCCGCAUCACUGAGGCCCUCGGUGGCUCCCCGGGCAGCUGCCCGGUCUUGCCCGUAACUAGAGACCGUUAGGGUGUUUCUGCUUACCUGUUUGACUGGGCGGAGAGAACCAAUCGUUUUCCAACCACUGAAGGCCGACCAGUUUGAAAUCUCACUGGGCUCCAGCAACAUUUGUCUUCCCAGGAAAUUGGAGCCUUCAUAAGCAAUCCACCUGAAGGAAAGCCAUGGAGAGGAUGUCAGACAGGCUGAGGGAGGGCCACGUGCCACCCCGAGCGGUCCCCGGGGCCGGCCUCCCUCUCCUCGGUGCCCAUUGGUCCGGUCACCCUCCUGAGCUCGCCUUUCAGCCUGCACCCUGCCGGAGGUCUCGGCCAGCCCCUCCCCAGCCCGCCUGGCCCCUGCAUGGUCCCCUGUCCCGCUCGGCAGCCUCAGAACCCCUCCCCUUCCCCUACGUGAAGCUGGCUUCCUUGGGCUCCGCAGUGCUCUAUUGCGCCAGCCGUGUGCCAGGCCCCGUUCAGAGGCUGAGGAUGUCAAGGCGGCCAGAGCAGAGGACAGCCGAGAGCUACAGCCAAUCCGGAUGCAGGGGGCCCGGGGAAUGAUGGGUCAAGGGAAGCGCUGCAGUUAAAGGGAACUAGCAAAGGCUUCCUGUGCAAGGCGAGAAGGUAAUCCCCAAGACGGUGGGCAGAAACGAGGAAGGAGAGCCCUGGGAUGCAGCCACUGACGCCCAUUUAUAUGACUUCUCAUCGCUUGACGUUUCAGCACAACUGAAGUACGUUCCUUGAGGGUAGGGGCCGUCCUUGCCUUUCCUCGUACCUCCAGCACUCAGGAGAGUGCCUGCCACAUAGCAAAGACUGAAUACAUCUCCAAUUCUUGAAAAACAACCAGAAGUAAAAGCCUUCACUCGGUUCUACUAUUUCUACUACAUUUUUCAGUGACCGUCCUAGAAAGCAGGGUCUAUACAAGAAGUUUUGUUUUGUUUUUAAACCCUCACCUUCUGUCUUGGAGUCAAUACUGUGUAUUGGCUUCAAGGCAGGAGAGUGUUAAGGGUCAAGUGACUUGCCCAGGGUCACACAGCUGGGAAGUGUCUGAGGCCACAUUUGAACCCAAGGCCUCCCGCCUCUAGGCCUGACUCAAUGCACUGAGCCACCCAGCGGCCCCACAAGAAGUUCUUAAUGUGGGAGGAGGGCCCUAUCGAUAGAUUUCAGGGGAUCAAGAAAUCUGGAUGGGAAAAAAAAUGACAUCUUAUUUCAACAUAAUUGAUUUCCUCUGUCAUUUUAAGCGUUUAAAUACAUCACUGUGAAGAAUCUAGAUGUUUAACCAGCCUGCUAAACUGGCCCGUGGUCCAGAAAGAGGUCAAGAACCCUCGGUCUCUACUCAUUCCUUCCGCUUCCCCAAGCUCCUGCUUCUCAUUCCCUUGAAAUCCCCGCUUUGGCCGAGGUCUCCUGCGUAACCCAUCCUCUUGGCUGCUCGAGCCAAGCCUGUUCUCCGUCUUCAUCCCGCUCUCUCUCUGCAGUCGUUUCUGACCUGCCACGGACCCCGUCCUCUGCCUUGUCUCUAUCCCGCUGCUUCUCGGACCCCUUUCCCCCGCCCCUCAGGAUCCCGUUGGGUCGGCGCCGGCUCCCAUCUGUGGCUUCUCCCCGGACGCUCGUGCCCUGCGCUCCACCACGUCUGCGUGCACCUCGCGCUCCCCUAAAGGCCUUCCCAUCCUCCGAGUCUCGCCAGUCCCGCAGCCCCUCUCCCACGCCAGCCUCUGCUCCCAGCGGCUCCUCCUCCCCCGGCUGCCAAACACAAGGCCCUCCACAGGCCUCCCCUCAUCUCGGUCCACCCCAUAGUGUGGGGCGCUCUUUGUGGAACGCCUUUUCCCCAGGAGCGACUUCCCGGGCGCUGAGGCUAUGUCCACGUCCUUCUCCCCCUUCUCCAGGGCUGCUUCCGCUUUGGGCUGACGGGAGCGGCCGGGAGUUGCACACGGAGGAGGCCCGCGUCCUUAAAGGCCGCGAGGGCAGAGGCCUCCCUUUCUCUAGAAAGAUGGCGGCGGAGGCCCGCUCCCAACUGAACCACGUGCUAGCCUCAGUGCUCAUUCUAGUGGUGGGGAACGGACCCCUUUCGGGGAGGGGGGCUUGGCCUCCUGACCACCCUGUCAUUUGGGAGAAACUGCCCGACUGGAGGAAGGUCUAAAUCCCUGCGUGAGAGCUCGGUAGUGCGCCCCUAAGGUUCGGUCAUACUUACAGUCCGCUCUUUACCCAUACUGACUGUGUGUAGAAGUAGACAUCCUUGUUUAGAACCGAGUUAAUCGCAUCCCCUAAACAGAGCUCUCUUCCUUCGCAGUGUUCCAGAGCAAAGAGACUGAUGAAGGGCUCUUCAAAAACCUAGGAACGACACAAGGGAGACAGGCUGUUAGGCCCAGCCGCCAUCUCAAUCUCUGGUGACGCCAUUUGGGGGUUUCCCGGCCAAGGAGUCGUUUGCCAUUUCUUUCUCUAGCUCAUUUUACAGAUGAGGAAACCGAAGUUAAGUGACUUGCCCAGCGUCACCACUUUGAGGUGUCUGUGAGGCCAGAUUUUAGUUCAAGUUAGUUUUCCUGACUGCCAGUCCAGCACUUUACCAUCGAGCUGCCCCUAGAUCCAAUUUAUGUUCAAGUAAACAAACCUAAUUUUUUUUAGGUUCUAAGCCUAGUUUGUGAGAGAAUAGCCCUGAAAAACAUGGGCUGCACAUACUAGCUCUCACAAAACUGUAUUUAGGGGUUUAUUUGGGGGUUUUGGUUUUGUUUCAGAGUGCUUACAAUAAUGCCCACUAUGGAAGUGAUCACACAUGUAUGACCCAGAUCAGAUUGCUUUUUACCUGAGUGGGAGGAGAGAAGGGGGAGGGAAGAUGACAGCUUGGAUCUCAUAAUUUUGGAAAACAUGUGGAGCAUAUGCUACAUGUAAUUGGGAACAUAAAACGAUGACUUAAGCUUAUUGACUUGAAUAUUAUUUACAUAUUAGCAUAAUAGAGAUAGAAUGGCAACAUUUCUAGUAUAGUGGGUGAGAAAUAAUUGGGCUCUAAUUCAGUCUGUAGUGUAAGGAUGAUAUUAGACAAUAAGUAUUGUUUUAUUAGUUUAGAGAUAAGAAGUGGAUGACUACAAAAAAACCUGGUCUUUGGUUUGGACUCUGAGUCUGUUAAGACUUGAUUCUUGUUGCGAUUCAACCAGCAAGCCUUUGCUAUUUUAUAAUUUGAAGGCCAAGUUAAGAUUUAGAAGGAUAAUAGCAUUAGUUUUAUUUAGAUAGUAUAAAUUUAGGUUAGUCAGAGUAAGGAGCAGUAGUGUAGCCUGUGAAUUACAGGAGAAGUGGUUCCUUGCAGAACCUGGGAGUUUAUUUGGGUGCAUUUAGAAUCCCUUAGAAUUAGAUAUUCUUCUUUAUCCUUAUAUAUUUCAAUAAAUAUUUUAUUUUAUAAUAAGAGUCUCUUUAGCUUCCUUGCUUUCACUUCAUUACUGAGGAUACUUUUGAUUAUCUCUAGCAAAAGUAUCCAAACAGUUUUAAAAAGUUUUGAACCUAUAUUGGAACUCUAAAUAUUUUAUUUUUAUAACUUGCCAAUUUAUUUUUACACUAGUUGUAUGACCCUAGGUAAAUCCCUUCACCUAUUGGUGUAUCUGGUUGGUUCUGCCUCUACACUUUGUCACAGGGAGAUUAACCAUCCUAGGUCAGUGAAAGCGAACCUUUUAGAGACAGAGUGCCAGGCCCCAACCCCAUCCUCCCAUGGAGUGUCUGGUCUACCCAGCCCCCACCCCUUACUCAACACAGGGGAGGGAGGAAGCACUUCCAGUGAGCUGCUGGCUAGAGGGGCAGGUGAAGUGAGGAAUGGAGUGUAGAGAGGGAGAAGGGAGUGGCCUGAGCACUCUGCUCCUCUCCAACUCUGCUGCAUGUGAGCUACCAUAUGUACCUGCUGUGUGCUUCCAUUGGCCUGCUGGGUAGAGGGGAGGGAGAUGUGAAAAAAUGUCAGGUGCAGUAGAGAGGAAGAGGGGAGCAGCUCCACCUGAGUCUGCCUUUCUAGUGAAGAACUCUGGGUAGAGGUGCAGCCACAUGCCCAGAGAGCGCUCUGUAUGCCAUCUGUGGCACUCAUGACAUAGGUUCACCAUCACUGCCCUAGUUCAUACUCCUAACAUUGCUUCAUUUCUCUUGAAUCUCCAAUCUGUCCUUCACAUAGCUGUCAGAUUGAUAUUUUGAAGACACCAUGAUACCCUCCUGCUCACAAAGCACUAAGAUAAUAUACAAACUCUUUGGCAUUUUAAAACCCUUCCAAAUCUUAGUCUAGUACAUUGCACAUUAUUCUCCUUCACACUUUCUACAUUAUAACCAAACUGGUCUUUCUGUUUCAUCUUCUAUCUCCAUGCCUUUUCCUAAGCUGCCUACCUCAUUUUCUCCUUUUGGAAGGCUUAGUUUCUUUCAAAGUUUAACUGAAAUACAACCUCCAACAUGGCAUCUUUCUUGAUUUCUUGAUUUAGUCUUUCCCUCCAUUACUUUACCUUCUUUAAAAAAAAAAAAAACUUUUAGGUGCACAUGUUAAUCCUUCCGAUAAGAUGCAGGCUCUUGGGACUGUUUUUGCUUGGCAUCCUUAGAGCCUGGCACAGUCUCUGGCACAUCAACAUGCUUGCUGAUUAAGUGUCAAGAAAUCUGCUAGACAUUAACAGUAAGCAAUUCUGUGAUUUAAGGGUACUUUAUAAAGGUCAUUUAUGUUUUGUAGAGUCAAUCAUAAGUACCUUAAAAAAGACUGAAAAUUUCUUUGUGCUAAGUUCAGAAACAUCCAUUUCUUUCACCUGGCUCUCAGGCUGUGACCUGAUGCUAAUCUGGCUAGAGAGCUUGGCAUCUUUUGUGGUAAACAUAAGGUUGGAGCAAUUUGCCACUUCAGAACCUUAAGAGCUGAUGGAAGUAGGCACUGGUUUCCUUACCAAGCAAUAAUCCAGUCCCCAAAAAGGUGCCCUGGUUCAGUUUCAGAGUCAGUGGGUUUUCUCUCUUAAUCAUGCUAGUUGAGGUCUUGUAGUUAACAUUAUGCUACCAUAUUUGUUUGCUACUCUGUGCUGUAUACCCAAUCGGCUUUUUCUAUCUUUAACUCAGUUACCUUAGUUUGUUUGAUGAAUACAAUUCUGUAGGAUAGUUUGAGAUGUACUGCUAGACCUCCUUCUUUCCUGUUUUUUAAAGAAUUACAUUUCAUAAGAUUUUAGUCCUUUUGUUCCUUCAGAUUAAAUUUUGCUAUGAUUUUUCUGCCUCCAUAGUUUCAUUGGCAUGCCACAGAAUAAACAUUUAGUAUUGUUA